CCCAAGUUAUCUUUUGUUGUCGUGUGAGCAGCUUUUACCGGGAAUACGAACAAGAAACACGCAACAAGGCGCAGCAGGCUCUACUAGUUGUAAGCCAUUUUUAGGUACCAUCAAGUCGUUGAACCUGUGUGCCCACCGUCAAGAGUUCUUCUUGCACAACGAUAUCGUCGACCAUGUUCGUUCCUGGAGCUGCAACAGCUUCAGGCUCAGCUCCUGCGGGUUCUCACCAGAGCCGCAAUAUUUCCGGCUUCGAGCAGCGCACAACUGCCAACGUUGACGUCCAAGUCGAAGGUCAACCAGCACAACCGUCCGACUACUCCGACCACAGGGAAUUUGACAGCUUCUACUCCGAGGACGAUGAUGAUGAAGACCACUUCUAUGAGCUACUUGAGGCUGAGCUACUAAGCAACCGCUUUCCCCUUGGGCAAGGCUUGACGGUGAAUGUGGGUGCUGCCGCUCUACGCAAGAGGUUCAUGGGGAAUAUGAUCGGACCCGCUGCUUCUGCAGCCUCUCGGGCGGGGGCACAUGGAGUCCUCAAUGCCGGCGAAGAUGGUCGUGUCCUCCACCGAAGAGGAUCUUCAUGUCCAAGUGCUGACUCCGCGGAACAAGAACUCGAGCUACAACAAGCCGGAGAAGAAGAUGUUGGCACUUAUGAUGAUGUUCUCUCUACUCCUGCCGCCGCAUUUGCCUUAAUCGGUCAGCCCCCCGCCCAGAUCGUGAACGCGAUGAGCACCCCGUCCGGACUGCUGCACCCAGCAGCCGCACUGGGUGGUGGAGCCUCGGGAGGUCAUCUGAAUGCGGCCCAGCACCUGCUCCCAGGCGGACUGCAGUUUGGCGGAUUUGGCGCACACCCCACUGCUGCUGGAAUGAAUUUAUUCCAAGUACACCCGAAUCUGUCCGAGGAGCAGCUGCUGGAGCAUGAGGAGCAGGAGUUUGCGCGCAGGUUGGAGGAACUGCGAAGGCAGCGACCCGCUUUCUUGCCCAUCGGGAUGGUCAGCUUAUCCUGUGCAAAAGUAUCGUACUCGUAUAAAUGCAUUACAAAUUUUCUCAGCAUGAGAAAUAAAAUUUGCAAUGCUGAUUUGCCUUGACAAAGAAAUCCUGCAUUUAUACUUUUGCACAGCAUACAGCUUCGAGGACGACAACGCGUUCCUGGAGGAAGAGGCGGAGGACGGCGUGGACGAGGAGGAUGAGGAGGAAGAAGGCGGUGGUGGUGCAGCUGCAGGAGACAAUGGUAAUGCAGGCGAUGUGGACAUGGAAGAUAUAAGUGCCGAAGUCGCGGGGGCAGGAGCUUCAUCCCAGCAGGCACAGGCUGCCGGGCUUGCAAGCCCCGACGAGGACCUGAUUGGCGUCGACGCGGCAGCGGCUGCGCAGCAGGCUAGUAGUAGCCAAGCUGCUGCCAGUGCUCCACCGCACCAAUCCCAUCAACCAGCACCACAAGCUGGUAACGCUUCAGGAUCGUCCUCGGGAGCAGGGGAUAGAAACUCCAUGAUGACUCCGGGCGGCCCGAAUCUCGGGGCGGGUAGCCCAGUGAAUAUUUUUACUUGAUGAAGCACGCACCAGAAUAAAGGGAGUAGUGAUGUUUGUUCUGUUUGUGUUUGAUGUGUUACUGUUGUCACGCGGAUCAUCAACAUCAUCAUUGUUAUUUGUGUGCACUGGAAAGACAGAAGCAGAACGCAUCAGAAAGAUCCAGC